AUGUCGCCCGGAAACUCGCCACAACAGUCGCCAUGUAGCUCGUCACCUUCGCAGCCCGGAAUGUCGCCCGUUAAGUCGCCCGUGUCGUCUCUACCGCCUCUCAACGGCUCUCUGAACGUUGCUAAGCGGCGGAAGGUGGACGGACUGUCCCCCAGUGACCACAGAAGGGUCUACUCUGCUGCUUCUCCUAAGGGAGGUGGCGACGAAACAGGCUCGCGCGAGGCUGCUGUUUCAGCAGGGAGCAUGGUCUCACUGGUAACGCCUAGUAAACGGUCAGUGAGUACUCCUGCACGUUUGGGUACUCCUCGAGGGGGCCAAAGAACACCAAGUCUGGCAGACCGACCGAUUCCGGUGCUGAUGCCCAGAGAAGAGGAGGAUGACGUGUCGAGAAGCAGGAGGUCCAGUUAUGCGAAUUUGUAUGUGAUGGAGGAGACGACCGCAGACAUUGAUGACAAAGGAGAUGCUUCGGCAAUUACAGCCACCACUUCCACAGCCACAACCGCAUCCAACGACAAAAGCAUAUCGCCGACUUCUUCCGAAGCUGAUACCGUAUCAGCAAACAAGGGAAAGGAAGUUGAGAAGGCGACUCCGGAGAACACAAGUGCAUCCGCUAUCGACACCUCACAAUCAUCUGACAAAUCUUUCUCGGAAUCUGCCCCGAUUGAGUCUGUCGAGUCCGCCAAGCUUAAAGCAACGCUGCUUCCCCCGCCAGAGGUUUCGGAACGGUUGGAGCCUCCUGCCUCGCCCAAAAAAGAGGUAACCAAGCUGAAGUAG